AUGGAGCGGCCGCGCAAGAAGCAGCGCACCCUGAGCCACGUGUUCAAGGAGCCCGGCGCAGAUUUCCUAGCGCACCUGCGCCACCAAGGGUUUGCAGUCCUUGAGGAAACUCUGGGCAAAGAGAGCAGGGACCUCUUCUUGCGUGAGUUUUGGUCGGCGGUGGGGCAAGUGACGCCCGGCGUCAAGGAGAAAGACCCCACAACCUGGCACAUGCUUCCCAGAGGCAACAAAGGCCUGGUGAGCACCAAUGGACUUCCCCAGGCCGACUUCGCUUGGAGGGUGAGGCAGGCGCCUCGGGUCAAGGCAGCCUUUGCCGCCAUCUUUGGUACGGAAGAUCUGGUCGUGAGCACUGAUUCCAUCAUUGUACAGGCGCGGAAGCAGAAGAGCAAGCGACCCUCGUGGCUGCACAAGGACCAGGCGCCCGACCUUCCGCGUGGCUUCUCCGUCCAGGCGAUCUACUGCUGCUAUUCCAGUGGUGCAGAAGAUGCGGGAACUUGCCUGGUGCCGGAAAGCCACAAGUCGGUGCAUCCGUGGGAACUGGAGCUGCCACAAUCAGACCGUGACGGGAAUUUUCUGCUGGCCCCAAACCAAAGGGACUACGAGGCCAUGAAGCCGGAUGUCCCGGAAGAUGGCAUCAUCUUCUUCGACUCCCGGCUCUUGCAUGCCAACGUCGACGCAAAGGCGGCCAGACAAGACCGCCUGGCGCGCCUGUGCGUGCCGGUGGCCAUGGCUCCCAGGAGCCGACGAAGCGAGAGCACCAAGGCCAAGAAGGUCGACCUGUACUUGUCUGGCAAGGCCUCCAGCCACUGGCCUUGCGACCGGUUCGCGGCCAAGAGGACGCCUCGGUGGUGCCACACCAAAGGUUCCGCGCAUUUGCCCCUCCCUUCUGCAGAUCCUGGGAGGCUGGCGCUGCUUUGA